AUGCAUUCGUUACACUCAUCAACCUCUUCACACGCGACUCGACCACGCCCUUACCAACUCGCUGCGUAUGAGCCCAAUACUCACGACACCGACAGCGAGAGCGAGUGGGGCGUCAGUUCAGAAUUUGAGCCUGAAUGGGACGACGAUGUCUUUGUCGACGAUGCCACCCCAGAACCAAAGACCGACACCAAGCCACCAGAUAUCCCCUUGAUCCAACAUCAGGUGGCACUGCUUCGAGCACGACUCGAAGAAGUGUCGCCCGACCACCCUCACGCCCUCUCUCUCAAAGCAGCGAUCCAGGCCAAAGACAGACAACUUCGCGAUGCUGGCGUUUCCAAGACAACCGCGGCUCGUGUCUUUGCUAUACCCGAACUGCUAGAGAAGAUCCUGCUUGAGCUCGACCUGCAUACUAGCGAAGGUCUGGGCUUUACCAACGCCGCAAAUGCCAUACAGCUCUGCCGCCUCGAGAAGGUCAAUCGCGACUUUCGCGAGACCAUCACAGGCUCGAAGAGAUUGCUCGGAUCGAGAGAGCCUUUGCAAGUGGACAAAGCUUUACUUCGAAGACGAAGGGAAAGAAAGCAGAGACACGAAGUUUCAAUCGAAUGCUCCCGCAAGGAGUCUUCGAGAAAGGUUUUCUGA